GAAACUUUGAAGCUUCAAUUGUGAUUGGCAGAAAAGAACACGAUUGAGAUCAAAAUUAACACCUAAUUGGACUUGAGAAACUCUUUCCUUUGUCACAGUAUUUCCUGGGAAUUCUGAGUUGCGAGAGAAUUCAAUUGAGGGCAAGGCGACCGAGAAUUUUCAAAACGGAGAAAGAGGAUUGAGAGAGAUCUGAAGACCACAAGCAACAAUGCCCCACGAAACAAAAGAUGUACCACUGCUCCCCAUCUACCACCAUAUCUCACGCUCUUCCUCGCCAACGCCCUCCUCUCCAACUCACCCACCACCGCUCUACUCCCUUUACCGCGCUCCUACUCCAUUCCCUGCCGUAGCCGCCUCACACUCAGCAAAACGCAAAUCCUUAGACCCUUCACCUAAAGACAGGAGUAGGAACAGAAGGAAGGCAUCCAUCUGCAUCGCUGUUGCGGUAGUCGUAUUACUGGUGCUUCCGCUGUCGGUGUUUGGGGGAAUCUUGCAUGCGACGAGGCGGAAUGCGGAGUGUAUGGAGGGCAAUACUGGGUUUUUGGAAGGGGCUGGUGGCUGUGGCACCUAGAUGAAGGAUCUGGAUCUGGAUUUGAAGACUAGAGCUUGCGGAGUUGGACGUGGAGUCCGCAGGAAAGGAAUUGAACGACGUUUGUGAGCAUUUGAACUGGCGUUGGAUAGGAUUUGCGAGUUUGGAUUGAAAGCCGUUGGUAGAGAUUAUACAGUAAUGCCGACUUUCACUUGAAUUGCAGUAUUGGAUUUAACGAGGUUAUUAAAAAGAAAAAGGAAGGGGAGGGGUUAUACUUGGUCGAGGAGCGAAGGAAGCAGUACGGGUCAGGACUGCGCUCUCCUGGAGUUGGCUGCCUGAUAGAGCGUGAUAGGAAUAGGAAUACACACAG